UCAUCUCAAAAACACUCAAUAAUAUUCAUUCAAACAACACACAAAAAUAACUAUCCUUCAGAGUGAAAACUGAAUAGCAAUGGCAGCUUCCUCUUCUGCUGUAUCGAUGGCUAUGCCGUUAACCCUCGCAACCCGUAAGACACACCCGAAUGCUCACGCUUUCCUCAAGCCGAUACCGGUAAAUCCCUCGAAGGCCAUUGCAGUCACAAAACCUGUUGCAAAAUUUGAAGUCAAUGCUUCACUGAAGGAAAAAAUGAUUACUGGCUUGACAGCAGGUGCAUUGACAGCUUCGAUGGUCGUUCCCGACGUGGCCGAAGCUGCAAUCGGAGGUUCUCCCUCGCUGAACAACUUCUUGCUGAGCAUUGUGGCUGGUGGAGUGGUGCUUGGGGUCAUUCUUGGUGCAGUGAUUGGUGUUUCCAACUUUGAUCCUGUCAAAAGGAGCUGAUAAGACGGUUCUUUAUCUUUGUAUCAGAAUCUUUUCCUAAUCGUCGAAUGUUUUCAUGUAUCACUUUACUCGAUUUGAAUAGAUAACUUUCUUGUUUUAAACCCAAAAUUUGCAUCUCAAUUUUCAUAAAAAUGUCUUCAUUA